GAGCUGACGGUCCCGUGCGCCCCGGAACGAGGCCAGCUCGUCUUCUCGGGACCGUCGGCAGCUCGCUCGGCACCUCCGCGUUGUCCGAGAGGGUCGGGCCGCGCUCCGCCCCCGCGCGCUCUGAUUGGCUGUGAGGCCCGGCCCCAGCGCUCUCAUUGGCCGCGCGGAGCCGUGGGGUGGGACUGAGCCGGGGGCGACAGCAACAAAGGGCGGAGGGAGGCCGGCGGCAGUGACCGUGUUUCCCGGUGCUUCUCUCAGGUCACUCGCGCCGGCCCUGCCUGCCCUGCUCCAGAUGAAGUGUGAGCACUGCACGCGGAAGGAAUGUAGUAAAAAAACAAAAACCGAUGACCCGGAGAAUGCCUCAGUCGGCGCGCCGAGUCCGGCCCAGGACCGUGGAGAGAAGGGGGAGUUCCAUAAGUUGGCUGAUGCCAAGAUAUUUCUGAGUGACUGCCUGGCAUGUGACAGCUGUGUGACCACAGAGGAAGGAGUCCAAGUUUCCCAGCAGAACGCCAGGGACUUCUUCCGAGUUCUGAACCUUAAUAAGAAAUGUGAUACCUCAAAGCACAAGGUGCUGGCCGUGUCAGUGUGUCCUCAGUCUCUGCCUUAUUUUGCUGCUAAACUCGGCCUGAGCGUCACUGAUGCAUCCAGAAGACUCUGUGGCUUCCUCAAAAGUCUGGGGGUGCGCUAUGUCUUCGACAUGGCGGUGGCCGUGGAUCUCAGCAUCCUGGAGAGCCAGAAGGAGUUCGUGCGCCGGUACCACCAGCACAGCGAGGAGGAGCCCACGCUGCCCAUGCUGACCUCCGCCUGUCCCGGCUGGGUGCGGUAUGCGGAGCGGGUGCUGGGCCACCCCGUCACACCCUACCUGUGCACCGCCAAGUCUCCCCAGCAGGUCAUGGGCUCACUGGUGAAGGACUACUUCGCCAGACGGCAGAACCUGUCCCCAGACAAGAUCUACCACGUCAUCGUGGCCCCGUGCUAUGACAAGAAAUUGGAGGCCCUUCGAGAAGAUGUUCCCACAGCUUCACAUGGUUCCCGGGGCGCUGACUGCGUGUUAACCUCAGGGGAAGUCGUGCAGAUGAUGGAGCAAAGCGAUCUCUCCGAGAAAGACGCUGCCGUGGACACUCUGUUUGGAGACCAGGAGGAGGAGGUGAGGCGCCAUGACAGCGCCAGCUCCGAUGGGCACCUAGCGCAUGUCUUCAGGCACGCGGCCAAGGAGCUGUUCAACGAAGACGUGGGGGAGGUCACCUACCGCACCCUCAGGAACAAGGACUUCCAGGAGGUCACCCUCGAGAAGAGCGGGGAGGUUCUGCUGCGCUUUGCUGCUGCGUACGGCUUUCGAAACCUCCAGAAUGUGGUCCUGAAGCUGAAGAAGGGCAGACUCCCAUUCCACUUCGUGGAGGUCCUCGCCUGCGCUGGGGGAUGCUUAAGCGGCAGGGGCCAAGCCCAGGCAGAGGACGGGCGUGCAGACAGGGCGCUGUUGCUGCAGAUGGAAGGCAUCUACGCCGCCAUCCCCGUGCGGCCCCCGGAGAGCAGCUCCCACGUGCAGGAGCUGUACCAGGAGUGGCUGGGCGGGGCUGACUCCCCCAGGGUCCGGGAGGCCCUGCACACUGCCUACCAGGGCCCAGGCCAGCCCACCAGCAGCCGGGACAUCAAGUGGUGAAGGUGCAGCAGACGGGGCCUGUAGGCCGCCUGAGAAGGGGGUGUCAUAGACGCCUGGAGCAGCUCAGCUUUUCUUUCAUCGCUUUGAUUUUCAGAAUCCCCUGCUUCCCGUGUGUGGACAGUCCCGCACUCUGCGGGGCGCUAUCGCACCAUCUGUGCAACUGGGAUGUGUACCUUGAGAGGAGGAUUGCCCCAAUUCACGCAUCCUUUCAUCCUGAGAUGGAAAAAAUCCCAAAGAACAAGCAUGGAGACAGACCACUGUCUUUAGGUUUAAAAAAAAUCCCAGCAGUGUCCUGUGUCCUGCGAAGAGCUGAGACCCUGUUCCGGUUCACGUGCCUCAGAUCAGACGUGGAAAGGGGAUGCAGCAGGCGGGCUGUGGGGUUGCCCUGUCAGGACCCCGACUUUGGCCACAAUGGGAAUAAACUGCCACGUCCUGGGAUCAGGAGGCUCCCGCACAAACCUGGACUUCCCGCUUUCCCUGAGUCGAGCUCCGGCAGUGGCCGUAUUCCUUCUGUGACCAGGCCCCGUCACGGGGGUCAGCGGGUGUGGGGGACAAGACCCUUCACGCGCCCUUCUACAUUUGGGGUUUGAGCUGAAUGCACCUUGGUGGGGGAGGGCGCAUCAAAGAUGACAGGUGUCACAGGUGGAAGGCCAGAGUGAGGAGGGGCUGCCUGGCUCAGCCCCUGCCAGGGUGGGGUCAGGGAGGGGAAGCCUGUCCCAUCCAUCCAGUGGCUGGUGAGGCGGCGUCCUCCACGGCCGCCCCACACACAGCGAGCCCGGCCCUGUGUGCCUGCUCACGGGGCUUGCCUUUGAUGAGCAGGAAGAGGGGAAGUCUGCCCACAAACCGGUGGACGGGAAGGGCUAGCGACCACUCUCCAAGCCCUGACCCCCGGCACGUCAGGGGUCAGGGCCGUCCUGUCAGUGAGGCCCCUGUGCCUGGCCUGAGGUCGGUUUCUCAGUGCACUUGGCUUUGGCUAACAUGAGGGUGAUGGUCUUCUCGGACCCUCAGGCUGUUAGGUCCCCCUCAUCAUUCUGCUAUUGCGCCUGCGGCCCCAUCUGGGCCAAUCUGGGCUGUUGUGUGAAACUGCAUAUUGUCUGCUCUCAGUCCCCCUACAGUGGGGCGCCAUCCUUCGUGGUACCUGAUGGUGGAAUAAACAUGUCAAAGGUG